AUGGUAAAGGGCAUGCGCAUAGACGUUGUGUGUGACAUUGACAAGAUCCCCAAGGCUCGCCUAGGCCUUAAAUGUCUCUUUUGCCGCGAAGUCCGCGGCGCCUGCUUCCAGUGUAACUUUGGCAAAUGCACGCGCGCUUAUCAUGCAACCUGUGCUCUUUUGGCAGGUGUUCAAGUUGAGCAUGGUGCGAUUGCUGUGAUUGCCGAUGAUGGUACUCAAUACUCCAUUCCGAGUGUGGAUUUGAAAUGCAAAUUCCAUCGCCAAAAGCGGCCGAAUGGAGUCUUGGGUGAAUCGUCCGAUGUGGAUCGUCGGGUAAUCGAAUCGGCUCGUCGUCUAGUGCAAGGAAAUUUGAUCCAAUUUCAGGCCGACAAGGAGAUUAAUGGCGCCAUUGUUCUUGAAAAUCGACCCUCUGAGCGAAGUCUUUUGCUCAAAGUACUCCCAAGAGGAGAUGUGAUUGAAAUGCCCUAUCGUUGGAUGCUCGUUGUUCGCAAGAGUAAUUUCACACCUCUCGCACUGGGAAUUCAACCCCUCCCAGCCCACCUAGCACGAAAACCCGAACAACGCAAAGAGUUAGAAUCAGCGGUACCGGCGGCAGGCAGUGCAUUUGGCGAUGCACGAUCUCCCUAUCAGUGGGCCGAAUUCGAAACGGUGGAUGCAACUAGAAACCAAUUCGCCCCACUUCGUACGGUCAACCUCCAGGGUGAACAGAUGUGGUAUUAUUUGGGCAUGCAGUCCACCGAAAGUAGGGCACAGUAUACACACAACCCUAGCGUGUCCAUCCACAACCCUCGGGCCAAUUUCCUCGAUAGCGUCAAGUCGCUUGGCAUGGAUGUCAGCGCUCGUGCAUCGAAGAUCUCACCCCACCACUUUCAUUAUGCUGCCACCGCCCCUGCCCCUCUUUACCAGCGAAACUUGAACCCAAACCAGCAAAAUAUUUACUCUUCGAAUGUCAACACCCCUCACCUACAAUCCCGACCGCCCUCUUCUGCCUUGCAGAACCUCGCCCCUCCCCCUCCUUUUAUCCCUGUUGCCGGUGCUGCUGCUGGUGCUCCUGCGAUGCCGUCGGCCUUUCGAACUCUACCCAACCAGUCUGCCCGUCAUGCCCCCUAUCCUUCGGUCGUCAAGUCGCACGCUCAGCAGCAGCAUCACCUCCCAUCCACCAACACUUUUGCCAAUGUCAGAGAACUUAUUGCUCGCCGCCGCCUAGCACAGAUUACCGACCACGCCAAUGUUUUUGCCGGAUACACUAUCGUCAGCCCCGAAUUGGUGGUCGAGACUCUGUUGGGUCCCAUGGGCUCAAUACCACCGGCCAAUGGUCUUGAGAAGCUGGAACUGGCCAUGGCCCAGCAACGGGUUCAGCCACGGGCUGCGGAUGGGACUCUGCUGCCGCCUCAGACUCUAAACAUGCGAUCGGAGGAGGUCACUCGGCUUCUUCAGAUGCUGCGGUUCUCCCUGGUCAGCCACCGCGAGCGACUCGAUGUCAUUCAGAAGAAGGAAUCGGAGGGUCUCAAGCAGGAGACUGUCGAUCGGGGUAGCGUGGCUGCUGCUAAGAUGCCUGGAAAGUAUGCCUACCUUGAUCAACAGCGGUCGCUGUCACCGAAUGUUUAUCGGUCCCCUUACAACAUGCCGUCGGGUCUCUCCGAAUAUGCCAAGGCUACCUACGGAUUGGUUCCUGCGGCAGAUGACCCGCCCAAACCAUCACUGGCGAACGACUAUUUCAACAAUCUACCACCAGAGCAUCAGGAGAAGAUCUUGAAGGCAUGUGGUAGCUUCGUGCAGCGUGCAAUCGAGCGGUCGGCGAGUCACAGCCGGCAAAGUUCAUCAUCAAAUCUCCGGCUGUCGGCGGCUCUAGCCCAGCAAACGGAAAAUCCGACAAUUGACAUAACCCCCGUGGAGGACCCUCCCCUUCUCUCGGGUCUAGAUAUGCCGCUCCACGCAGAUUCUCCAUGCUCCAGUUUCGGUCGGUCGCAUCUACGAUUCCAGUCGCCAAAUGAGUUCCCCAUCCAUGGUCCAGAUCCCCAUCCAGACCACCACGAUUUGUUCGGAGAUCAGCAAUUGAAUACUCGCUUCUGGCAGAAUGGGCCAUGGGUCGGCGGGGAUGGCAACACUCCAAAUGACGAGAACCGGCCGUUCUUCGGACCACAUAUCUUCGGACCGCACGAACGACUCAAACAUGACUAUGCAUCCUCCGACAUCUCCCUGGGCAAAGGGCCUGGAUCCUUGCACUCUGUCGAUAUGGCAGGCUUUGGCCCAGACUUGAAUGAUGACCUUGGUCUAAGUCCAUAA